AUGUAUCGUUUAUCACUGGCUACGUUUUUUGCAUUUGUAACAAUAAUAGCAGGACACUAUUACGAUUAUGAUUAUUACACAUCAAGGCUACUGAACGCUACCAAUCAGGAACCCGUGAGUUCCAACGAUACACUGGUUUCACCGCUCGGUUCUGGUUCACAACAUGCGAAUACAACCCAUGACCAAGAAGGCAGUGGAUACAUGCCCCUAAGAGGUGAACAGUAUGGAGACUACCCCUAUUACGAAGUCCCACAGUACGGAGGAUACUACUAUGACCAAGCGGCAAGUGGGCAGAUGUCCCAGCAGAAAGCCCAACAGCAAGGAGAGCCCGGCUAUUACCAACCGCCAUACUACGGAGGAUACAACUAUUAUCCGUCACAGUAUGGAGACUACUACUAUGAACAACUGAAAAAUGGACAGAUGUCUCCUCGCGAUUAUUAUUACUAUCAGCAGGCAGGUAAGCGGGUGUCUCCAAAUGCAGUGCCACAGCAACCGAUGAAUGGACAGUCGUCUCCACAAGCAGUUCCACUGCACGUCAAGGCUCCAGCAUCUUCCGGUACUCCUGCUUCUACGGGGUACCACAAUGUAGCCCAGGCUAAUGUUGCGAAUCCGUGGGCAUCCGCACAGUACGUGCUCAAUCAACAGGCUGCGAGUGACUAUUGGGCUACUGCCGACUACCCAACUGGCACUUUCCCCACUCUCACCGCACCUGUUCCAACCACAACCGAGCCGCAAAGCAGUUAA